GGGCAUGGGCGGGCAGCAGAGGAAGGGCGGUCGCAUUCUGGCCGCUGAGACCUUCUCUCACCAUGUCACACUGCCGGACUACCUCUCCCACAUCCCUCGCCGCAAGGCCCUCGCCACCUCCAGCAGGACCAGCAUCACCUAGCAUCCCCCACCAGCAUUAGGCUGGCUGCGGGGGACGUUUGAAUCGAUGGCCCCGCGAGCGCGACCUCCCUCCUCUGGUCAUGAUCUCCAGCCUCUUGUAUCGUAUAUCUGCUGCGCCGUGCUAGUCUUGUGCCCAAGCCAUUUGCUCAAAGGCCCGUCACGUUCAUCGGCUUGUCUCUUCACACAAGAUACCGGUUACCCUUUUUAAUUCUGAUGGCGAAUACCGUGGGUACCGUGACGGACAACAACUUCUCGAGCCUCGUUCUGAAUAACGACCUUCCAGUGCUCGUCUUCUUCUACGCCACAUGGGCCAGGCCUUGCCAGAUGAUGGCUCCCUUCAUUGACGAGCUCGCGGAGGAGUACGCGGGGAGGAUCGCCUUCUACAAAAUGGACUUUGACGAGUACCCCCAGGCGUGCUCCAAUCACAACGUCCGGUCCGUGCCCGUUGUGACGGUCUUCAGGGACGGGGCGUCGCAUGAGACUAUCACUCGUGCUGUUUCCAAGGACAGCCUCGCACAGAUGUUGAACAAGUUCGUGUGAGAGCUCGAGCUUGCGCGCUCGCGUGCUCGCGUGCGGUGCGGCCCCGCCCGCGUGAAUCAAGGGCAUUCGUCUGUCUUUCCCGGAUGACUCGUAGUGAAAUGUAUUCUUCAGAUUCAUUCAAACCGCGUUUCAAGCGUUGUACCAAUUCUAAGAAACAGGGCACUUGAAU